AUGGUAUUGAUGAGUGCGCCAUUGAGAGCUGCUGAGUCGUUGUUUUGUAUACAUUUUUUUUCCACAUCAAAGGAACCCGCGACGGCGUCUGGAGGAGCUGGCGCUGCUCCAGAAAACAAGAUUUGGCUUGAAGGCUGCGAGUUUACCGACUUCAAGUUGGGUCCAAUUUUGGGGACUGGAAGCUUUGGCCGAGUAUAUUUGGCAUAUUACACUAAGACAGGGCAAGUUUUUGCCACUAAAUCCUUGUCCAAAGCCUCAAUUGUUGGAACGAAACAGGUGUUGCACGUUAAGCAGGAGAAGUCUAUCUUACAGAGGAUAUCACAUCCUUUUGUAGUCAAUCUUCUUGGAUGUUGCCAAGAUGAUCAGUGUGUGCCUCUCAUCACAGAAUAUGUUUGUGGUGGCGAGUUUUUUACUUACUUUCGCAGCUGUGGACGUUUUGAUGAUGCCACCGCUAGAUUUUAUGCUUCACAAGUUCUGUGUGCGUUUGAGUAUCUGCAUGGCAUGGAUAUCAUGUAUCGAGAUCUCAAGGUGGACUUUUGGGAUUCUAAUAUACGAGAUGUUGGCUGGUUAUCCUCCUUUUCUUGGCAACGAUCCUGUAGGUACUUACCAGAAGAUACUGAGUGGUAAAUUGAAGUUCCCGAGGCUUUUUUCUAAAAGGUACUCUUGUGUCCGUGUUCAGUUUUUGACCAACUUGGAUUGAAGCACAUACGAGACCUUACACACUAGUGUCAGUACAACAGAAGCACUAACGUUGCUACACAUAUAUAUCAACAAGUGCCAGCAAGAAAAACUUAAGGUCAAACAGCACCUUGGCCCUUAAAUGUGUGCUCGCUCGAUAAUGCAACAAUGGUACGCCGUAAUAAUCACCAAAUCCAAAUCUUCGUGAGACUCAGGAAAAGAUAGGAAACGAUCUAAGACGCACGCUCAAACCGCCUUGCUUGGAAAGUCACCAAAACGUGCACCAUGUGAUUCACCAAUUAAACCAAACCUGUCACAAGAAGACUUGUGCAGAUUUAUUCAAGAAGUGACCAGCAAUUUUUGCAACGUCUCAAGGGGUCGUAGACACUACGGCUACAAUGCUUGGAGUUGUGGUUUCAUGCUCAACUUGUAUUUGUGGCAACUUAAUAAACUACUUCUCACAAA